AGAGUCUUGCGCGCGCUGCUGGGAUGGAACGUUGCUAGACUUAGCGGGGCUAGCUGCUGGGGGCCCGAGCAGCACGCUCGGAGCCGCCGCGCGCCAAAGCGGGAAUCCGGGAGGCGGGCAGCUUUGCAAUUAAUGCACGUAUUUUAAACUCCCGAACCUGAGGACGCUAUGCACAGGUAAACAGAUUGCAAAAAGUGGAAGAGCAUGAAUGGACCCUUUUAAUAAUUCUUUUAGGCCGCGAAUAUCGCUACUGGCUAAUAUUGUUGGUAACGCUGUUAAGUGAAUGGUUGCUUAGCCCCUUCUUGGGAAAGUGUGAAUGGCUGGAUGCUUUAAUGCGGGGAUCAGCGUGCGGUUUUAUUUGGCUUCCCUAAUUGGGCUUUUCUGCCACCGUUUUCAAUCAGUGUAUGAUUGCCCUCUCUCUCUCUCCCUCCUUGUCUGUUCCCUCCACUGGGAGAAAUUCUUGAGGCCUUCUGCACUAUCGAAGCACCUCCAGGAGAUUCCAGACCUGAGUAGCAACGUUGCCACUAGCUUCACGUGGGGAUGGGAUUCCAGCAAGACUUCUGAACUGCUCUCAGGCAUGGGGGUCUCCGCCCUGGAGAAAGAGGAGCCCGACAGUGAGAACAUCCCCCAGGAACUACUCUCAAACCUGGGCCUCCCGCAGAGCCCCCCAAGGAAACGGCUGAAGAGUAAAGGGAGUGACAAAGACUUUGUGAUUAUCCGCAGACCUAAGCUAAAUCGAGAGAACUUUCCAGGUGUUUCAUGGGACUCCCUUCCGGAUGAGCUGCUUUUGGGGAUCUUUUCCUGUCUGUGCCUCCCUGAGCUGCUAAAGGUCUCUGGUGUUUGUAAGAGGUGGUAUCGCCUAGCGUUUGACGAGUCUCUAUGGCAAACCUUAGACCUCACAGGUAAAAAUCUGCACCCAGAUGUUACUGGUCGGUUGCUGUCUCAAGGGGUGAUUGCCUUCCGCUGCCCACGAUCAUUUAUGGACCAACCAUUAGCUGAACAUUUCAGCCCUUUUCGUGUGCAGCACAUGGACCUGUCGAACUCGGUUAUUGAAGUGUCCACCCUCCAGGGCAUUCUGUCUCAGUGUUCCAAGUUGCAGAAUCUAAGCCUGGAAGGCCUGCGGCUGUCGGAUCCCAUUGUCAAUAAUCUCGCGCAAAACUCAAAUUUAGUUCGACUUAACCUUUGUGGGUGUUCUGGAUUCUCUGAAUUUGCCCUCCAGACUUUGCUAAGUGGCUGUUCCAGACUGGAUGAGCUGAACCUCUCCUGGUGCUUUGAUUUCACUGAGAAGCAUGUGCAGGUGGCAGUUGCGCAUGUGUCAGAGACCAUCACCCAGCUGAAUCUUAGUGGCUACCGAAAGAAUCUCCAGAAAUCAGAUCUCUCUACUUUAGUUAGAAGAUGCCCCAAUCUUGUCCACCUAGACUUAAGUGAUAGUAUCAUGCUAAAGAAUGACUGCUUCCCGGAAUUUUUCCAUCUCAGCUACCUCCAACACCUGUCUCUCAGUCGGUGCUAUGAUAUAAUACCUGAAACUUUACUCAUCCAGAACUCCUAGGAGCUUCUAGCAUGAAUCCAAAAAGGCUUCCCUGUCAUCCAUUCUUUCCUGUCCUUGUCAUCUGGGCUCCUGUUUCUUUGCAUGUGCAGCCCCCUGGGGAGUGUGGUGAUAAUUCUUUUUGGGUUGCUUUUCUUAAGAGAAUCUAUCCAUGUGUCUUGCUUUUGUUCCUUCUCUGCAGAAAAAAAGAAGCCAAGCAGGUAAUAACCCAAAUGCUUUUUCUCAAGCAGAGCCAAGGGGAAGGCUGUGAGCUCUUCAUUUUAAUAUUUUUAUCCAGUGGGAUAAUAGUAAUAGUAAUUGCAAUACCUGCAUAAUAAUCGCAUGGUAAUACCUGGAGGCAGUGUGAAUUGAUGUUUACAAACAUGGGCCUGAAGUCACAGAACAAGUUGUGAACCUUCACUGCAUUAUUAUUUCUUUUAUGUACAAACCUUAUGAAAUAAGAGAAACAGGGACAUUAGGAGUUUAGUUACAAGUCAGACCACUAGAAUAGAGAAGAAGAAAGAUCCUGUCCUUGAAAUUUAAGGUUAAAGAGUAUAUUUCUUUAGGCAUUGUGUAAAUUAUACACUGAUUUGCAUUGUGAAUCCUUAAGAUGAGUGUGUUGAUACUUAAAAGUUUCUCAAGAUAAAAUGAGAAUUAGAAUGACUCUAAUUUCAAUCAUUUUGGCAGCUGAUAUAUUUGAGAUUUAUAAUAAAAAUUCCGGGAUGCUUCCGUAAGAAUUUCCAGAGAACCAUCUAUGCUAAAGAACUUAAGGCUAUUUCUCAGAAAGUGGGAAAAUAUAAUUUGAAUGUCUUUCUUCUGUAGUAAUGUUUUCAAAUACUUGAGAAACCCUAAAUUUUUCUUCCCCAGGACCUUUCCCAUUGUAUUUAUUCCCUUCUUAAUUGGUCUUCUCCUCUGUAUCUAAGCUUCCUUCUAAUUCUUCCCUAUUUCUCAUUUAAGUAAGAAACCCAAGCUGGAGGUAGUAAACUAAUCUAAGAUUACAGAAGACUAAAAAACUUCUGUGGUAGGAGCAUUUGUAGUUGAGGCCUUUAAGAUUUUAUAAGAAAAACAAGAUUAUUAUAUAGAUGAGGUAAGGAACAAUCCUGUGAAAGAGUUCAUAAAUAUCUUUUAUUUUCUAAAAUUCAAGAUACAGAAGACACUGGCGUCAUUUUAUACUUCUUACAUUAGAAAUAAUGGCUCUUGAACUACUUAUUUCUAUUUGCUAUCCCUUAGUUUGCUCUUCAGUCUCUUCCAUUGUAGUUUUUAAAAGAUGCUUGCAAAGUUUUUAUUCUGGGUUGUAGGUAAUGCACAUACCAGUAGGUAUUUUUUGUUUUUUCUCUUCUUCUUAAAAUUUUAGAGACUUUCUGGAUUUUUUACUUGGGAACUGGUUCUUCAUCCAUCGUCUUAUCUUAUAUAAGCCCCUUCUUAUAUAUAACACUCUAGUGUGUUCUGAGAGUCUGCUCUUAAUUUCUUUCCUCACCAAAUCUCUUUCCCAACGCUAUUGCAAGAACAUUCCCUCCUCUGCCAUCUGCCAUUCCUCCUUUUCUUACUCCCUCCUACAGUUUCUUCCUUUAAAUAUUCUCCAGUGCAGAAUGGCUCACAAUUUGGCUAAUUUGGAUAUCCCAGAACCAGAAUUCUCAUAACAACAUUUCUCAAAUUUCACAUGAGGGAUUCAAAGUUGGAGCUGGAUUGCUGUCAUUGUAAGUGAUAAGUAUAAACAUCUGUGUAUUGUGAUCUUACUUUGAUACCGUUUCUACAUUCCA